CAAUUGUACAUUCGACAUUCCUCAAUUGCUUCGCGCCUGCCACAAAGAUGAGCACGAAACCUACAAUUGCGCCUUUGGCGACCUUGACACCAGCUUCCAACACACGCACAUGGCUCUCGUCGCCGCAUCCGAACCUUCCCAUCGUCGCAACGGCAUGCAGUGAUCGCAGCGUGCGCGUCUACUCUCUCAGCUCCUUCAACCUUCUCAGCAACAUCACCGGCGGUCACAAACGCAGUAUCCGAAGCGUCGCCUGGAAGCCUGAUAGUGGCACAUCUGCGCUGGGCGAGAGCGUACUUGCGACAGGCAGUUUCGACGCCAGCGCCGGCAUCUGGAGACGAUGGGAGGGCAACAGCGGAAAGGUCAAUCAAUCCGAGGACAAUGAGGUCGACUUCACAAAAGACGGAGGAGAUGACGAGGACGAUGAGUGGCGCUUCGCUGUCGUCCUCGACGGUCAUGAGUCGGAGAUCAAGAGUCUGGCCUUCAGUCCCACUUCGCCAUUGCUCGCUACCUGCAGUCGCGAUAAGAGUGUUUGGAUCUGGGAAGAGUUGGAAGAUGACAACUUCGAGACUGUCGCCGUUUUGCAAGAGCACGAAGGCGACGUAAAGUGUGUCUGCUGGCAUCCUUCAGAAGAACUACUCGCCUCAUCCAGUUAUGAUGACAACAUUCGUCUAUGGAGAGAAGAUAUCGACGACUGGGGUUGCUGCGCCGUACUCUCAGGUCACGGUGGUACAGUCUGGUGGGUCGAGUUCGAGGGUGCUACACACACUGCUCUCAAAGCGCAAACGGAACAACAGCAAAGGUUACUCGACCUCAGAGAAGCCGCUGGCCCACGCCUAGUGAGCUGCUCCGACGACCUCAGUAUUCGCGUCUGGCGCCGUAUCCCCAAGGACAGACCCAACGGCGCUCCUCAGACUGGCCCGAAAAUGCCCAGCAUCAUCAAGACAAACACCAUUGAGGAAGAAUGGGUACCCGAGACCGCUCUACCCCAACAACAUGAACGCGCAAUCUACUCUGUCUCGUGGAGCAAAAUUACCGGCCGCAUCGUCAGCGCAGGUAGUGAUGGAAAGAUUGUAGUCUACGAGGAGCGCUGGGCAGCCGACCAAUCCACCACACAAAUAGAAACAACGGAUGGCACAAAGGAGAUUGCAAGGACGGAAUGGGUCGCUGUGGCUGAGUUCGGAGAUGCACAUGAUGUCUUUGAGAUUAACCAUGUCGUCUGGGCCAAGCGAAGAGACGCUGGACGUCGCAGCGACGAUGAGGAAAUCAUCAUUAGUACGGGCGAUGAUGGUGAAGUGCGUGUUUGGACUCUGGAGAACUUCUCAUGAUACUACUCGACGUGAGAUUUGCCUCGGUGUCGCACUCUCGACUUCUCAGGGAGGCCCUCCCCAUACAGGACUUUGUCGGUCGAGGGACUCACGCUUGAAUUUCGACACUCUCAUCGCCUUGACGUAUCUGCAGAGGAAGACAUCUUACUACUGCGAGGCCAGAGCUAGAAGGCGGCGAAGAAACGGCAAAAGGAACACUGCCGAUCUUUGUCUCGGACAUGGUACUUCGUGAGCAGCAUAUAACAAUUUCCUCAACCGCCAUCUCUCAACUCUAUGCAUUGUGAUCGGCCUGGAAGAAGGCAUGAUAUAAUCCAUGUAGAUAUUCAAAUUAGGAAUCUCCAAACCCUUCCUCAAUCAUGUGUAUCUCGCAAACC